CUUUCUUGUGAUCUCGUCGCGGCGCGGCCACACCCAAACGCCCAAAACCCUCUCUUUUCUCCCCGCUCGCCGGCGCCGCCACCGCGUACCACCACCCUCCGAUCGAUGGCGCCCGCCACGCCCGACCCCACCCCACCCCCGCCGACGUCGCCGUGGGUCAUCCUCGGCAGCAUCCCGCGCGUCGUCGAGCUCGAGGGCGGCGCCGACGUGUCGCUGGCGCUGGCCGCGCCCCCGCGCGUGUCGCGCCUGGCCGUCUCCCCGCGCGUCUUCCCGGCCCGCCCCACGCCGCGGAACUUCCCGUUCGUGCUCGCCGCCGACCCCUCGGGCCUGCUCCUCCUCUCCGCGAUCCUCGACGCCCCGCUCACCCGCGUCCACGUCGACCGCCCGGGCGAGCAGUCCGUCCGCUUAAGCUACUCCGACCCUCGCUACUUCGUCCUCGACGCCGCCACGGGCUCCGCGCUCCGCCUCCCGGACCCGGACCCCAAGUUGCCCAUCCAGCACCAGGCGCUCGUCGGCGUCCUCGCCUGCCCCAGCGGCGCCGGCCGCUACGUCGUCGCCGAGCUCCUGCCCUUCAUGGGCACUGACAAGGGCGACCUCCGCUGCUUCGACUCCGACGUCGGCGAGUGGGUCAACAAGCGCGUGCGCUACCCGCUCCCAGCGCGCGUGUUCGCGCCGCUCCGCACGCUCGCCCACCACGGCAGGCUCUGGUGGGCCGACUACUCCUGGGGCGUCCUCACCGCCGACCCCUUCGCCGACGACCCCGUGCUCGGCUUCGUCCCGCUGCCCCGCCCCUGCGUGCUCAAGAGCAGGGAGGCCUGGGGGGUGCUCGACCAGCUCCGCUACGUCGGGGUCAGCGCCGGCAGCCUGCGCUUCGUCGACACCUACCGCCGGGGAGGCGCCCCCAACAAGGUCACCGUCUGGACGCUGCGCGACCCGGACGCCACGGAGUGGACGCUGGAGCACCAGGCCACCUUCGCCGACAUCUGGGCCGACGACACCUACAGCGCCACUGGCCUCCCCAAGAAGGCCCCCGUGCUCGCGCUCAUCCACCCCCACAACCCCGCAGUCGUCUACUUCUUCCUGGAGGAGGAGGAGCACCUCUUCGCCGUCGACGUGCCCGCCCGCAAAGUGGUCGACUGCGAGCGCUACCACCUGGUGGCGCCUCCCCGCGAGUACGGCAUUGCCAACCGAUUCGUCCGCGAUUGGGAGCUGCCGCGAGCGGUCUCAUCAGGGCCAGGCAAUUGGUCGAGUGACAUUGGCUUGACUGAACCAACUGAAGCAGCACCACCGUCCCGGCCAAUCCCUGGCGGUUACCACUUGGUUGGCAACACCAAGCAGACGUUCAUAGGAUGAGCUGAGCAAGGGGUUUGAAGCUGUUUAAUUUCCUUUUAGGUUAAGCAGCAAUGCAUGGGCUCAAGUUAUGUUAUGGCGACGUGUUUUGGCUGGGACGGUCUGUCUUUUGGGGGGUUAUGCUGCAGAUGAACUCAUCGUCUCUGCUACUUUCGUCAGAUGGCAAUAUGGCAUGCUAGCCGUUGGAACACUGUCUAUGUUGCCUGAAUGUAUUCUUUGAUCGAACCCUCGUCAGGUCGAAGUGGAACACUACUCGAUCGCCAUGUUGUGGCUUUUGUUUCUCUCUCAGAUUACGGUAACUUGAAACGCAAAGCUAUGCUAUGAUAUAUGCCCCGAUCCUGGGUGACGAAUUGGCCCUUGCAUUUGCUGUUUCA